GUCCAGUGCACCACCACAGGGCCUCGUACUCGCGUGGUGCUGAACAGCGCGACCCAUAAACAGCUCCGAACGUCUCUAUCUAUACCACUUUUGCGCUUGCUGCAUUCCUGGCUCGCGAUUCUCGCUUUGCACUCAAGGAGAGCACACACUCAACUGCACUCAGUGCCACUCACACUUCGUGAGACACGCAGUCGGCAGAACAACCACAUCAACGAUGCGCACCUCGACGGGCUCCACAGACUCUGCAAGCUCCACAUCCACCUGGCGCCGGAACCACGAUGAAUUCCAGGACGGCGAACUGGUGGAAGUAGUGAACGACUUUUACGAGGACCAGCCGCCGCGAAACUUGAAACACCACUGCGGGAUAGUCGUGCCGCGGACGACGGAGACGACGGUCUGGGUACACCCGCCGGACCAGGGCGUGGCCGUCGCUCUGCACGGCUUGGACCCGAUGGUGCUGCCGACCGCAGCGCUUCGACGCCUGUCGCCGCGCAAGCAGCCGCUGGCCCUCGGCGUCGACGUGCGAGAAAAAGACGGAGCACUGCUGCUGACGCUGCUGCACGGCCGCGGGCUGCCCAAGGAGCUCGCGCGGUACGCGCUGCGGUUCCUCUACGUGCAGCGAGUACAUAUGAGCGAGGUGUCCGUGCGCGCUGCGUCGUCGAAUCGCGGCGACUUCCCGCUGUCGGAGCUGCUGUCGCCAAGAGACGACACGUGGUGGAUCUCGACAUUCAAGGAGCAGUUCGAACACGAGUGGGUCGAGCUCGCCACGUCCAGCGACGGGCUUCCCCGUCGCGUCGCUGGCGUGAAGAUGAAGAUCCCACCGCUCCCCUACGGCCCCCUCUCCGCCAGAAACUUCGACGUGUGCUGCUGUGGCGUGGACGGGAAAUUGCACUACGGGAUCUUACGCGCGGAGACCCUCGACCGCGCCGAGCUCCAGGAGUUCGCACUACCCGGUAGCGGCGUCGAUGCGGUGACCGUACGCAUCCGCGUUUUCGCCAUGGCAGCGCCACGGCAGCACUCGUGCGGCAUCUUCCAGCUCGCGCUGUUUUGAGAUUUUCCCCCGCGCGCGAUCCACCACCCCAACUCCAUCGACGCGCCCCCAUCACAACGCCGUCGACGCGCCACCACAACCCCACCGACGCACGGCCGUAGCCCAAAUGUAUAUGUAACACAUUGUCAAGC